GAGGCAUGCGAAUUUGACGUCAAAUAUUGAAAUUUCUCCGUGGGGCCAGCCGUGGGAGGCCGAGCACAAUCGUGGGCCUGGAAUACCACGGAGCUGCUGCAUGUCAACUGGGAAAGAAGAGAACAAAAAUAAAGCAAGAGGCGAGAGGAGAGAGCAACGACGCCAUCGGAGGGAGGAAAGAGAAGAAGACGAUCCGCUAGCGUGUGCGUGGCGACGAGAUGUGGCGGAGGCGAGUGGGCGCCCUCCUCCGAUCUCCACGAACUUCUUCCUCGGCCUCCUCGGCCUGCCAGAGCCGCCGCCACCAUCUUCUCCCCAGCGAGGAACCUCUUGCUCUCAACCGUCUUGCCAGGCUCUUCACGUCCCAGGCUGGAAGUGAUGGUGGCGAUACCCAGAAGCCCUUUAUUGCUUUUGUCUUAGGUGGUCCUGGGAGUGGCAAAGGAACACAGUGCACUAAGAUUGCUUCGGAUUUUGGAUUUGCCCAUCUGAGCGCUGGUGAUAUUCUCCGACAUGAAAUAGCAUCUGGCAGUGAGAAAGGGGAGUUGAUCCUAGAAAUCAUAAAGGAAGGGAGGAUUGUUCCGUCUGAGAUAACUGUGGAACUCAUCAGAAAAGCGAUGGAAAUGAACAAUGCUAAAAGGGUUCUUAUUGAUGGCUUCCCAAGGUGUGAGGAAAACAGAAUCGCCUUCGAAAGGAUUGUUGGAACAGAACCAGACAUUGUGAUUUUCUUUGACUGUCCUGAGGAUGAGAUGGUUAAACGCCUUCUAGGCCGUAACCAGGGGAGAGUUGAUGAUAACAUUGAGACAAUCAAGAAGCGUCUAAAAGUGUUUGAAAGUUUGAACAUUCCUGUCGUUGACUACUACUCUUCAAGGGGAAAAGUUCACAAGAUAAAUGCCACGGGCACUGCAGAUGAAAUAUUUGAAGCAGUCCGUAGGCUGUUUUCUUCCUUAAGUGCCAGCUCCUCUAUCUAUUACCUGACGCAUUGACCAAGAGCGAGUCGACAACAACCUCACCAGUGACAAGCUCCAAUGGCGUCAUCCAACUCUGCAGUACCGACACCUCUCCAAGGACAAAGUGUCGAUGUAAAGCUCAACGAGACCAACUUCGCGUUUUGGAAGCGCAAGUUUUGUCCAUUCUUAGAGGUGCCUAGCCACAAGGCUACCUAAAUGGCACAGUUGUAACGUUCACCAAGAUCUCUAUCAAGUAGGAUGGUAAGAUGAUCGACCAU